AACUCACCAUCUUUUAGAGAGAGAUAUGUAACUCUUUCUGAUUUUUUCCCACUACAUACGCUUGUUGUCACUUGUCUUUCCCCUUUAGCAUACACCAUAUAAAAGCAGAUUGUUUUAAAGCAGAUACAGUAAUUGUUUUCCGAAAAAGAUGGAGUGGGAGGGCGACGAGAAAGAAUUGAAAGCGGCCGGAGCGGAGCUACUCACUGACGGACGGCGAGGGCUUCGAAUUCAAGGUUGGGAAAUCGAGUCUCGCAAGUGCUCCAUUCUCAACUCUGCUCAACGGGAACAAUGGGAGGAGCGACUUACAACAUCCCACUUGCCAGAGAUGAUAUUUGGGGAGAAUUCUCUGGUUCUUAAGCAUGUGACAAGUGGUGUUAAAUUUUGCUUCAAUGCAUUUGAUGCGCUGGUUGGAUGGAAGGAGGAAGGACUGCCACCUGUUGAAGUUCCAGCAGCUGCAAUAUGGAAAUUCAGAAAUAAACCCUCAAAAGAGAUGGUUCUUGAUUAUGACUAUACCUUCACAACACCAUAUGGUGGAAGUAUAAUAUUUGAAACAAAUUAUCAGUGGGAGAACUGCAAGGAGAAAAUUGAUGUGGCCACACUCGCAUUAAAGGAGCCUAUUCUAUUUUAUGAUGAGAUCGUCUUGUAUGAAGAUGAAUUAGCUGAUAAUGGAAUAUCUCUUUUGACAGUUAAAGUGAGAGUCAUGCCUAGUGGCUGGUUCCUGCUGCUGCGUUUUUGGCUUAGAGUUGAUGGGGUGCUGAUGCGGCUGAGGGAUACUCGUAUGCAUUGCACCUUUGUCGUGCCUGGAAAAUCAGUUAUUCUUCGAGAAAGCUGCUGGAGAGAAACCUCAUUUCAAUCUUUAUCUUCUAAAGGGUUACCUACUGAUUCUGCUGCAUAUAGUGAUCCGAGCAGCAGCAGUGAAAGGCUUCCGGUUAUACUGCAGAGAACCCAAAAGCUCAAUAUUUCAGAUGCCGUUGGGUUGGUACUUCCUACAAUGGAGCAUAAUAAUUGUGGGCCUCACCACGCAAGGGAUUUGCUUUCAUUGCGAUAGAAUGCGUGAACGAUUAAACAUCGGUUAAAAAAUGCACAUGAUCCCGGAGGGCUCUGAGAACGCGAGUGUAUGUACAAUUCGGGUUGGACAGUUGGAGGGGCAAAUUAGAUUUUAAGCGUGAUCUGGUUAGCUAAGGGCCUAAGGCCAUGCAUGGACAUGAUUUCGAAGUUCAGUUAUCCGGAAUUGAACACAGGUCUAUCCAUUUUGGUAUACUCUAUCUACCAGUUAAACUACGCCCUAUGCGGCUAGGCCUGAUAAGCAUAAGAGAAGAAUGUGUGUUGGAGAGAAUAAUGGCAGACAGGGUUAGGUUUAAUUUGAGUGUUUAUGCGCACUUUCAUCUUAAGUGCCUGGUAGGGUCUUGACAAUAAUGUUGGUGAAAAUGCUGCGAAAAUUAUAACAGGGGCCAGAAAAUAUUUCACAACCUUGUCUGUGAUUUUACUUCCAAAGAUGCAUGUAUGUCUUCUCUCCAUGGGUCUUAUCUGCACUCUAAUGGUGGGGGCUGUCUUUGUCAACUGCAGAUGUGCAUCAGAACCUCUUGUGUACUCUUUACUCACAUAAAGUAUUUCAUGGAAUAAUAAAUAUUCCAUCUUCUUGUUUUGACUUUGACACAUUUAUUUAAUAGUUCAUUUCAAAAGUAAAAAUGA